AUGUCGGUCGAAAUGAUCGUAUGUGCCACUGGUUGGCCCACACCAACUGUCAAAUGGUUCAAGGACGGCCAAGAGCUCGUGUCGGAAGGUUCUGACGGUGGUUUGGUAAUCUUUACCGAUGAUCGAGGCAUCCACCAUUUGGUCAUUCUGAACGUAAGCCCUAAAGAUGAAGGCGAGUACUCCCUUGAAGCCACUAACAAAUUGGGCUCCGCUAGAACCGAAGGCGCUUUGAGUGUGAUUCGACCACGACAAGUUGAAGGUUAUGGCCCUGACGACAGGGGUGGCAUGCCAUUCCCACCAGGAUUCGUGCGGCAGUUGAAGAACAAGCAUGUGUUCACCAGGAUGCCAACGAUCUUCGAUUGUUUGGUGGUUGGAUAUCCACCACCAGAAGUCGAGUGGCUCCACAACGGCAAGAGAGUUGUACCAAGCGGGCGAGUCAAGAUCCAGUCCUGUGGCGGCGGAUCACAUGCCUUGAUUGUUCUGGACACCACCGUCGAUGACGCCGGCGAGUAUGUGGCCGUGGCCAGGAAUUGCCAUGGCUCGGCCAGUUCAUCCGCCAUCCUUGACGUCACUGUUCCUCAUCUUGACAACAUCAAGUUCAACGGAGAAAUCGAUGUAACACCCUACCUAACCGAAGAAUACGGAUUCAAGAAGCUCAACUAUGCCAGUCUCCCGACACCACCAGAUCGUGGUCCAUUCAUCAAGGAAGUCACCGGUCACUACCUCACACUCUCAUGGAUCCCAACGAAACGGGCACCACCUCGCUAUCCUCAAGUAUCCUAUGUCAUCGAGAUUCGAGAACUUCCUGAGAAAGAAUGGACUUUGCUUGAUUACAACAUUCCUGAGCCAGUAUGUAAAGUGCGAAAUCUUGAACUGGGCAAAUCGUAUCAAUUCCGUGUCCGAGCCGAGAACAUCUACGGAAUUUCCGAUCCUUCACCAGCCUUCACCACCCUCAAGGUUAAUGGCACCACCACAACCAGUAUUGGACAAGAACAAGAAGCUUGUGCCCCAUGGUUUGCCCCUGGAGUGGUCGAAAAGCGAUAUUGUGCUGAGAAUGAUACUCUCACGUUAACAUUGAACGUUGUCGGUUAUCCGGAUCCUGAAAUCAAAUGGAAAUUCCGAGGAUGGGACAUUGACUCAAAGAGCCCUACGUCACAGUACAAGGUCUAUACCAUCGGAGGCAGUGAGACCACCUUGAUGAUAAACGCCUUCACGAAGGUCAGCAAUCAAUUUAUUGAUCCACGUGAUACGGAAAAUGUCGGUCAAUAUCAAUGCUUUGCAACCAACGUGUACGGUGAGGCUCAGCAGAAUAUCAUGGUAGAUCUGGCUGUUUCGUCCAAGCUUCAUCCACCACUCUAUAACCGAACGUUCUCCGAUGCUCAACCGGUGCGAUUGGACGUUCGCGUUGAAGGACAACCGUUCCCGGAACUCAAAUGGAUGAAGGAAUGGCGCCCAAUCGUCGAGUCAACUCGAGUGAAAUUCGUCUACGACGGUCCAUAUCUUUGCUCAUCUGAUCAUUCAACAGAUCCAAUGUGGCGAGACAGCGGCAUUUAUACCUGCAUAGCCGCCAACGACGCUGGCCAAGCGACCACCUCGUGCUCGAUUACUGUAGAAGCUGAUGGCGAUUUCAACGACGUCGAAUUGCCGAAGAAGCGAGCGAUGGUGGAGGCGCGGAAGAUUCGUGAAAUUUACGAGAUUGCUGAAGAAGACGAAACGUGA